AUGGGCGAUCGUCAAGUAUUUAUUGGAAAUUUAUGUAAUGUAUCAAAUGAAGCACUACGUACAUAUUGUGAAACAUACGGUGCAUUAACAGAAUUAACAUUAAACCGUGAUAAAGAGAAUAAUGUUUAUCAUUGUUUUGCUUUUGUUACCUUUCAAUAUACUCGUAGUACAGCACAAUUUAUGUCUAGUCGACCACAUUUUAUUCGUGGUGAAGAAAUAUUUGUUAAACGAGCAUUACCACGAGGAACUUCAUCCGUACCUGAACGAAUUAUUGUUACUAAUCGAUUAGUUCUAAAAGAUUUACAUAAGUACGAUAAAUAUCUUAUUCGAAAUUAUUUUCAAAAAUUUGGUUAUAUUAAAAAAAUUGAUAUUAAGUAUGGUUUUAUUGAUUAUGAGGAUUAUGAUAAUGUUGAUCGUGUUUUACUUGCUCGACCACAUUAUAUUCGAGAUGAAGAAAUUUGUGUAACUAAAUUUGUUCCGUCUGAACAACAAGAUAGUAUAGAUAAUUAUUAUUUACGUUCAAAUAAUUACCGUCAUCAUCAAUUAAAUACAAAUAAUAAUCGCCGACAUUUAAAUAAAAAUGAACAACAUGAUCAAAUAAAGAAAGCAUCAAUGGAUACAAUCAAAUUUUCAUCGACUAAAAAAUUCGAACAAGAUUCAUCCAGAACUGUAUUGAUCGAUAAGCAAUGUAAUAAUGAUAACGAUGAUGAAGGAGAAGAAGGUGAAGAAAUAAAUUUUAAUUAUUUAAAUAUUCAAUAUAAACAUCUUGAAGAAGAAUUUGAAGAAUAUAAAAAAACAAAAGAAAUUGAAAUAUGUGCUUUAAGAAUAGAUUUAGAACGUACAAAACGACAAUUAACUGAUAUAACACAACAAAAACUUGAUGUUUUAUUAAAAAAUCAAAAAUUAUUUCAUAAUGAAUUAUUACUUCGUCUAUCUUCUAAUGAUACAUCAAUUCAUCCACAAACAGCUGAAGAAUUUUUUCAUUCAUCUCCAAAUCCAUUAACAAAGAAACGUAAAUUAACAACAUCAUCACCACAUCGUGAAUAUGAAUAUUAUUCAUAA